AUGAUACUGAGUCUGCAGCGAUAUGAUCUGCAAGUUCAGUACGUGAAGGGAAAAGAUUUGAUUCUGGCAGAUACUCUAUCACGGAACAUCGACGACAGUAAGCCAGUGACGGCCGAAGAUUGCGACCCGUUAUGGAGGACCAUCGAAGAAGUAAACGUACUGCAAGGCAUCGACAUUCAAUCGAACUUGCUGGAUAGGAUCAAGCAAGCUACGCAGAAGGAUGAAACUUGUCAAAUUCUGAAACUGCACAUUGUCAACGGAUGGCCCAGCGAGAAAUCUACGGUGAUGGAGUGCGUGAAGCCUUUUUAUGCCUUAAGGGCGGAAUUGGUGAUUCAAGAUGGCGUGAUCCUGCGAGGAAAUCGCAUCGUUGUGCCGGCUGAGAAUCGUCAGGAUGUUCUGAAACUUCUGCACUACAGCCAUCAAGGAGAACAGGCUACUCUUCGCAAGGCCAGAGACAUUGUUUGUUGGCCAAACCUCAACGAUCACGUGCAGAACAUGGUCAAAGCGUGUGGUAUCUGCAAUCAGUACAAAAACUGCCAACAGUAUGAAGAAAAAAAAACAGAACUCAUCGAUCGGUGCAAGAAAAACUUCAGUCGGCUAGGUGUACCCCGUAAAAUCAUAACCGACUCAGCUAAACAGUUUGUCGGCAAAGAGUGGGCGCAAUUCAUGAAAGCUUAUAAUAUCAUCCAUGCCACGAGCGCACCAUAUCACCACGAAUCUAACGGAAAGGCCGAAUCAGCUAUCAAAAUUGCAAAAAACGUUAUUAAAAAAGCUUUGGAGGAUGGAAAGGACAUAUGGCUGGCUCUAUUAGACUGGAGGAACACGCCGCAAACGGACGGUUACGCGCCGUCGCAAAAAGCUCUAGGCAGACGAACAAGAAGCAUUCUUCCGGUAGCAGCCUGCCAACUUCAACUGCAAACGGUGGACACGAAGAAGAUUAGAGAGAACAUUGAGCUACGAAAGGUCAAGUCGAAUUUCUACCACGACCGCAAGGCUCAAGAGUUGCCGAUGUUGCUUAGAGGACAGGAGGUGUAUGUACAGCUAAAGCCCCAGAAGACAUCCGAGUGGAGUCGAGGAAGGAUAACGGAAGUGCUGAGCGACAGGGACUAUCGAGUUGCAGCAAAUGGUGGAAGCUAUCCUCGAAACCGCAAGUUCCUUCGUGACGCCUGCACUCCGAUUCAAAUAGAGGAAUCAACGGUUCAGGAGUCCGGCAACCAAACCACAUUAUACGUGAUACGGUGA